UGGUUCAACUCUUACAUCAUCAAUCCUGAUGGUAGUGAAGGUCUGACCCCCUCUGUCGUCUAUUGUACCAUAACAGACAAGAAUGGAGUUGGCGUGACAAUUGUCAGUCACGAUAGUGAAAACAGAAUGCUCGUUUAUAGAUUGUUUUCACAGUGAUGUCAUCAAAUUGUAAAGUCAAGAUAGCGAGGUUUUACGAAUUCUUAUUUAACCUAGGUUGAAGAUAAACAAAAAGUAAAUCUUUGUACAAGUUUCCAUUCCCGUAGCAUGUUUCAUUUAAAAAAAAAAACAAUUUGAACUUCCAAGUUUUCACAGUGCGUGACACCAAAAUAGGAAUGCUGUCUCGUUGAAAAAAGUCUCUCCUCUUGAUUUUCAACAGUAUAACCAUUUCAAGUAUUAGAAGAUAUGUUUAUGCGCACGUAUACUAGUUCUCGAGUGAAAAGAAAGAGCUUUUUAUAGAAAAAGUGAACUCCAGACGUUUUUGUUGAUUUCCGGCGGUCAUAUUGGUGCACCAAAACGGUGCACCAAUAUGGCGUCUCCAUACAAAGCUCUACAAAGGUGCGUGAAACGUUUCGGCAAAUAACUCAGAAACUGUGGGCCACCAAGAUCUGAGACUUGGACAAAUUUUUCAAAAAUCAUUCUUUUAUAACAUUUCAUUUUCUUGGCUUCUUCCCCUGGACGGUUUACAAUUUAUUUUUUUCUUGCCUGACACUGAAAAAAAUCUAUAGAGCAAAGCAAGCAAGGCUGAUUUUACAGUCGGGAACUAUAUUUCUUUUACCAUUAUUCCAAAAGCACGGCCUUCUUUUUUCAGGGGUCUUACAUACAAUGAUAAGGUUAAGCUAAGACUUUUUAUUUUUAAAUAAAGAAAAGCGUGCAAUAUGAUACUAUAAUAACACUAGUGAAAAUUUUAGUAAGAAGAAGUGAACUUUAGCAAACUGACGUUUAUAUAUAUUUUCUGUUCUCAAAUAUUUUUAACGUUCACUUUUUUCUUAUUAAAAUUUUCACGUGUUAUCAUAGCAUCAUAUUGCACGCUAUUCUUUAUUAUUUUCAAAUUGUAACGUCGUAGCUUAACCUUAUCAUUGUAUAUAAGACCCUGAAGACCCUGAAGGCCGUGCCUUUCGAAAAAUUGGUAAAAGAAAUAUAUAUAUUCCCGACUGUAAAAUCAAUCAGCCUUGCUUCUUUUGUUUUAUAACUUUUUCCACUUAAAGCUGAUUAGAUCAUUUAUUAGGACCCGGUACUUCUUUUUUCGUAAGUUGGUCAUUGCUUUCAAAAUUGAGAAUGUUGGUGGACGGCUAUGAGCCAACUGGAAGUUACGUGCGCAAUAUGAGCUACCUCUGA